AUGAACAAUAAUGUUGGAGAGGAUGAUGAUGAUUUGCUCAUAAGUGGAGCUAGGAACAAUAAGAAAGGUUAAAUUAAUUUAGAUUUAUCAAAUUAUUCAAGUAACAUGUAAGUGUUGUAAUUUAAUAAGACCUGACAUUACACCUGCAUUUGAUUUGAACAAUUUUAAAAAGUAUAUCCUGAAUGAAAAUCUGAAUCUUAAUGAGAUUUAGGAAUUGAUUUUGAAAUGCCAAUUAAGUUCAAUGAAAUUAAGAUUUAGCAUAUGGAGAUUAUUUUUAGGGAUUUUCAAAAUAAAUGAUACUUUGGAGUAGAAAAUCAACAAGCUCAAUCAAAAUAGAUCAGAUUAUUAGAAUUUGAGCAAACAAUAUUUAUAAGCAGAAACAAAGAAAGAAUCUAAACGCAGUAUAAGAAACCCUUUAUUAUAAAAUUAAUAAGAAUAGCAAAAGCCAAAUGUAAAUAUAUAGAUGUAAUCUUAAAUAAGGUUUGGAAUAACUUUUUCGAGAUCAACCACUUAAAAAGUGAAAUAAAGAAGGAUGUGGAUAGAACUCAUUAGGAUAAAUAGUUAUUCUAGAGCUUAAAGAUCAAGAAUUUAUUGUCCAACAUUUUGUUUGUAUGGAGUGUUAAGAACCCAACGAUCUCAUAUAGAUAGGGGAUGAAUGAAUUGGCAGCUAAUGUUAUUGAGGUCUAUUUUACAGAGACUUAAGGUUUCAAUAACUUAGAGGAUAGUGAUGAUAAGAAGGAAAUAGCCAUAUUCUUCGAUACCAAAUAUGCGGAAGAAGACAUCUUUUAAUUAUUUGAAUAAAUUCUGGUUGCUCAUGUUGAUAUGUUUAAACAUACUCCAGAAAGCCAGAAGAAAUAAUAGCUAAUAAUAUAGAAUAGGAUCCAGAAAAUCUAUGACCAAUAGUUGAAAAUAAUUGACAUUUCAUUAUUCAAGCAUUUAAAAGUCUAGGAUGUUGAACUUUCAGUAUUCUUAGUUAGAUGGAUUAGGUAGUUAUUAAUAAAUAUACUAAUUUUAGAUGCAUGUUUACACGAGAAUUUCAUGUUGAAGACUCUUUGAAAGUUUGGGAUGCCAUAUUUUAUGAUUAUUACCUUACUGAAGAGAAGCAAUGGCUUUUAUUAGUUGAUUGCAUUGUCAUAGCUAUGUUUGUUUAUGUUAGAGAUUAAAGUACUGGAUUACCCUAAAUUAUUAGUACUCGAGAAGGAUGACCCAAAUGCAUGUUUGAAAAGGUUUUUGAAAUACCCACCUGUAGAAAAUUUAGCUUAAUUGAUUCAAGCAGCUUUCAGUAUUAAAAAUGUGUUGUAAUCUGCAAAUCCUGAACAAACCCUGCUUUAGGAUUACUUUUUGAUUACAUUUCUAGGAAGUAGAGAUGUCAGCAAGUCUCCCAAAAUAUUUCAAAAUGUUAAGAAUCCUGAAAUUCCUGAUGAAAAUAAUAAGUAAAAAACAUUAUAAUAUAGAUUAAUAGAAGCCAAUAAUUUGAAGUAAUAAGAAACCAUUGAUGUUCAGAUAAAUUAAGCAUAACUUAUACUGAAAGCAUUAAAUCAAGGGAUCAUGUGUAUUCAAAGAUUCAACACAGAUAAGUCUGUUAAUGAAGUGAAAUAAUUACUAGAAAAUGCAAAAUCAGAAUUGUUAAAAUGCUUAGAUCAACAAUAAAAUUGAAUUUUUAA